GGAGGCGGGGCCGGGAGGCGGAGGCGGGGCCGGGACGCGGAGGCGGGGCCGGGACGCGGAGGCGGGGCGAGUCCGGAGGACUCCUCAGGCUGCGGGUAACAUGGCGUUCUGGGGUUGGCGCGCCGGGGCAGCCGUCCGGGUGUGGGGCCGGGUAGCUGAACGGGCCGAGGCCGGGGGAGGCGUGGGGCCGUUCCAGGCCUGGAGCUGUCGGCUGGUGCUUGGCGGCAGGGACGAUGUCAGUGCGGGACCGAGAGGCAGCCGCGGGGUCCGCGGUGAGCCCUUGGACUCGGCGCGCCCCUUGCAGAGGCCUCCCAGACCCGCGGUGCCCAGGGCAUUCCGGAGGCAGCCGAGGGCAGCAGCUCCCGGUUUCUUCUUUUCGAGUAUUAAAGGUGGAAGAAGGCCUAUAUCUUUUUCUGUGGGUGCUUCAAGUGUUGUUGGAAGUGGAGGCGACAGUGACAAGGGGAAGCUUUCCCUGCAGGAUGUAGCUGAGCUGAUUCGGGCCAGAGCCUGCCAGAGGGUGGUGGCCAUGGUGGGAGCCGGCAUCAGCACACCCAGUGGCAUUCCAGACUUCAGAUCUCCGGGGAGUGGCCUGUACAGCAACCUCCAGCAGUACGAUCUCCCGUACCCCGAGGCCAUUUUCGAACUCCCAUUCUUCUUUCACAACCCCAAGCCCUUUUUCACUUUGGCCAAGGAGCUGUACCCUGGAAACUAUAAGCCCAACAUCACUCACUACUUCCUCCGGCUGCUUCAUGACAAGGGGCUGCUUCUGCGGCUCUACACGCAGAACAUCGAUGGGCUUGAGCGAGUGUCGGGCAUCCCUGCCUCAAAGCUGGUUGAAGCUCAUGGAACCUUUGCCUCUGCCACCUGCACAGUCUGCCGAAGACCCUUCCCAGGGGAGGACUUUCGGGCUGACGUGAUGGCAGACAGGGUUCCCCGCUGCCCGGUCUGCACCGGUGUUGUGAAGCCCGACAUUGUGUUCUUUGGGGAGCCGCUGCCCCAGAGGUUCCUGCUGCACGUGGUUGAUUUCCCCAUGGCAGAUCUGCUGCUCAUCCUCGGGACCUCCUUGGAGGUGGAGCCUUUUGCCAGCUUGACCGAGGCCGUGCGGAGCUCUGUUCCCCGACUGCUCAUCAACCGGGACUUGGUGGGACCCUUGGCGUGGCGUCCUCGCGGCAGGGACGUGGCCCAGCUGGGGGACGUGGUUCACAGCGUGGAAAGGCUAGUGGAGCUUCUGGGCUGGACAGAAGAGAUGCGGGACCUCGUCCGGCGGGAAACUGGGAAGCUUAAUGGACCAGACAAAUAGGAUGAUGGCUGCCCCCACACAAUAAAUGGUGACAUAGGAGACAUCCACAUCCCAAUUCUGACAAGACCUCAUGGCUAAUUUUGGUGAAACCAGAAUAUGUGAACUGAGUGGACACCGGAGGCUGCCACUGGAAUGUCUUCUCAGGCCGUGAGCUGUGCUGCGCUGACUGGUAGGGCUGUGUUUACGUUCAGGGCCACCCCGUCACAUAUACAAAGGAGCUGCCUGCCUGCCUGUUUGCUGUGUUGAACUCUUCACUCUGCUGAAGCUCUUAGUGGAAAAAGCUUUCUUCUGUGACCCUCUUGAACUGAACAGACCGACUGGAAUCCCAGACCGAGUUUGCUUUCUGUGCCCAGGUGAAGGGCAAGCUCAGCAUCUGUUGGUUAGAAGAUCCAGACUUGGGCCGAGCAGCCCCCAGCCCUCUUCAUGUCCCAAAGUGUAGUCCUGAGGCCCUGGUGCUGCACUUCUAGCAUGUUGGUCUCCUUUAGUAGGGCUAUUUUUAAUGAGAGAAAAUCUGUUCUUUAUUUCCAGCAUGAAAUACAUUUCAUCUCCUCAAAGGGA